GCUCACGGCAAUGUACCCGGACCACAAGUCAGUGGGAGUAGAGGCGCUUGUUCUGGUCCGAGUUCUAUUAGUGCAGCUUGAAACUCAAGGAUUGUUCUUAAGGCAAUGUCGCGUCUGCUCGGACUGGAAUGAAAACCAUACUCUAACAUCCGAAAAUAGACUUGCAAUUUCUUCUGGUGAUAUCAAUCCGAAUUUUAUCGUGCUGAAGUCUGGUUGCAAAGCUGCUCUGAAACCUACAAUGACAAUGUCUGAUACGAUUAUCCUCGGAUCUACUUGCUCGUGACAGUGCGUCUGGUUCUCUGUGCUACUUCACAUAAAGGCGAUUCAAAGACUACAUCUUCGUAAGGUACGGAGAAGUGCGAAUAUCUGCUCGGGAACGAAGCACAGGUGGUCUCUAUUGGUCCUUUUUGACUACGGUGACUAUAGGCUCUAACAUGGGAAUCAUCAUACGGAUUUUGUUGUAACUAAAUUCUUAGAUAUGCCGUCGUCUUCGUCAGAACUGAAUUUUUAAUUCAUGGUGAUUCAAUCCGUGUGAGUACGACAUUUUUGACUCUGUCUAUGAAUGACUGCGUUAGGUAGCACAUCUUUUUAAGACGCGUAACCAGAAGGUGGCUACUACUAGUAUAUUCAUCUUCCUGUUCAUCUCGCGAUUGAUUUACUUGUUAUUUCUAGAUCGUGAAAAAUCUUUCUAUAGAGCAAGAAAAAGAAAAUGUCGGCUCAGGGUUUGCCUGCUCAUAUCUUGACGCUGUUUGGUCCACGGCCCCCAGCUGAACCUAUCCCACGAGUGCUGCCAGUGGUGAAAAGUCACCGGCACAUGACCGGCUGUGCUGAUUUUCUUGCUGAGUUCGAAGACACCAAGCCGCCAAAGCGAGAAGUGUAAGAAGCUCUGGAAAAUAUACAACAUUUCUCUUUCAUCGUCUUUCACAUUUCUCUCUCAUAUGAUCGUCUUUAUUAGAUGAUUGUCUCAAGAAUUAUGAUGUCCGUAUUGCGUAUCACAAGGUAACAAAAACUACAGAGUCGCUUGCUUCUAUCAACAUUUCCUCUUCUCGUCCAUGCACAUCCAACAUGCUACAAUACAUAGGUACGAAGCCCCCAGGGAUCGAAGAGCAAGGAAAAUGAAAGAAAAACAGGAAGAGCACCAGGCGAAGAUUGCCGAGUUGAAAGCCGAAUAUGACCCAAGGAAUGAUCCGAACAGUGGCGAAAGUGAUCCAUUAAAGACAGUUUUCAUCGCUAGAAUCAGCUACGACACAUCCGAGAAGAAGCUGAAACGAGAAUUCGAACAAUACGGACCGAUAAAAAGGUACAGAUAUUACUAGGGAAGUUGCUCCUCUGGACCCCACGUGGCAAAUAUAGUGGGCUAGGAGCUUCCUCCUCACUGCAACACGAUUUUUUUAGGUUCCUUGACUAUUUUGAAAACGAGAAAGAGAGAAGGAAAACACUCAAGCAGCUUGAAAGGCUCAAAGAAUUGCAACGUCGAACGUGAACGAGAAUAUAAGCGAGCGCUGUUCUUCGUCGCUGUUGCAUUUUUUUAGGAUGUGAAAGCCUUUACGCGUGAACGGUAAAGCGAGCCCAUACCUGGCUCAGCCCGCCAGAGUAGCAAGCCAAGCCACGAACCCGAGAGAGCUCGCCGCUGCUGCUUCAGCCGCGAGCCCGAUUCGAGAGUGAAAAAUUAUAGCUUAAUAAUAUAUUAGGAGUAGAUUAAUGGUAUUUUGGUGGUAGUACCAAGCAGGAUGUCCUGCACCUAGAAGGUAGAAUCGUGCUUGGUAAUCGUGGAAAUGAAAAUGAAUAAACUCGAAUUCCAUGGUUCAACAUAGGAAAGGCGUCAGCAAUUGCAUUAGUAGCUCCUUAUAUUUAGCACGAUCUUCAUUUAUUGUCCUUACCAAAACAAAACUACAUCCAUAAUGUUCAGUUGUUUUUAUCCUUAUUGACAUCGAAUUGCAAACUCACAGUUUGAAGAUGAUCUAUGAUUCCAAGUCGGGUAAGCCGCGAGGUUACGCGUUUGUCGAGUAUGAGGAUGAGCGCGAUGCGAAAACAGCAUAUAAGCUCGGCGACGGAAAGAAGAUUGACGGUAGGCGAGUCAUGGUCGACGUCGAAAGAGGACGUACUCUUUUCUAUUAUCUGAUGGCUGAUAAGUACUACAGGAGAGGAUGGAUGCUCAUGAUUGUUCUUAUGACUGCAUGGUUUGACUAGUUGUCUAUACUCAAGUUCUUAUAUUCGCUUACGGGCACUUUGUACCUCGUUUUUCCUUACACUUUUCAUUACUUCUCGACUUCGGGACGAAGCAAAAAACAACAUAUGAACACAGGCACUCAAGAGGGUUGGAUUCCCCGUCGAUUGGGCGGCGGCCGCGGCAGUGGGCGAAAAGCUCGCGGUGCGAAGGCGUCCAAGGCUGACGCGGGACGCGACAAAGCAGCCGGCGACCGCACUAGAGACCGAGAUCGCGAUGCAGACCGAACGCGAGACCGCGAUCGUGGCGGCGACAAGGAGCGCGGUGGCGAUCGCGAUAGAGAACGACGUGGAGACCGCGACAGAGGCGGCGAUAGGGACCGUCGGGACCGCGACAGGGAUGAGCGAAAGCGUGGUCGUGACGACCGCGGUGACGACCGAGGCGACCGCAUGCGAAGGAGGAUGGAUUAGACGUAUAGAUACUCUUUUUUUAUACGAACAACAGAAUGAAAGGAGGACGGCAGCAUGUUGAUAUCAUGGUCGGGCGGUUCGCCAGGAACGGGAGCUAAAACUGGCACACCUUUAUUGAGAAUUUGUUGUGCUAUAUGAACAACCCGACUUUUCGCAGUGUCUCGUGUGAGCUCCUGCGAGGUUCAAGGUUUAACUUUUGCUCGAGCAGGACUUCGUCCAUCUGACAAUUUACACAUAGCUGCACCCCAUACACAAUGUGGAUCCCACGCUUAACACAUGACGUGAAGUACCAGCUGCCUCGAACGAAAAUUAGUGACGCUCCUUCACUGUCCUAAACUGACAAGAAAUUCAAGCUUCACCAGAAUAGCAGAGCAGACACAACAAUGUCGGUCUUGUGCGUGACACGCUUUCCUCUCAUCUUUGCAUUUUAGACGGAUCCCGACAUCACGAAGUGCGAUCUACAACGAUCAAAUAUUUAUAUGUGUAUGUCGAAAAAGAGUAAGGAUAUGGUUCAAAUG